AUGUCACGCGAAGAAGAACCCCUCCUGGGUUCGAGUCCAUCCCCUAGGCGCCUCUCCAAAUACUUGCGCAAUGAACUCGAUCCUACCCAUGGGGACCUGAUCCUGUUGUUCUGUUAUAUCAUCACCGGCUUACUUGACAGCUCGGCUGUCUUCAUCUGGGGAUCAUUCGUGAGCAUGCAAACAGGCAACACCGUUUACUUCGGCCUGGGCCUGGUGGGCACCAAUGACGAUCGCUGGAUCAAAUCCGGCGUCUCGAUCGCGGGCUUUUGUCUUGGCUCACUGUGCUUUGCCGCCUUUCACCGUGUUUUCCCCGCCAGACGACGAUGGGUGCUCUGUGCUUCGUUCCUCGCUCAGACGCUGUGUGUUGUCCUGGCUGCUCUGAUCGUGACCAUCUUCCGGCCCACCCGGGAUGCGCCCUUGACCUGGCUGGUCCUAGCACCGCUUGCGCUGGUGGCAUUCCAGAGUAGUGGCCAGGCUGUGACAAGUCGCGUCUUGAGCUUCAAUGGCCUGACCAGUGUGGUCUUGACGAGUAUCUAUUGCGAUUUGUUCUCGCAUCCCGACUUCCUGUCUACCAAGGUGGUUGGCAAUGCGGAGGAGAGACGCCGAUUCGGGGCGGUGCUCUGUUUGUUGUUGGGUGUUGUCCUGGGAGGCCUGUGGGCGCAUAGCUCAAUCGGGAUGAUGGGGGCUCUGUGGACUGCCGCGAUCUUCAAGUCCCUGAUCGUUGUCACGUGGCUGUUUUGGAAAGGGAAGCAUGAUGCGGAAUGA